ACCACCUUAAGACCCAUUACCUCCUCAUCCCCCUCCUCCUCGUAAUCCCCAAAUCUCUCUCCUAUAUAACCCACCCUCCUCCCCCACCCCUUAAAGCUCAUCCCUUUCCAUGGCAGAACCCAAGCAAAACCCUUCUUCUCCUUCAUCAAUGGCGGAGAACUCUUAUUCUUCCUCCCUGACUCUCUUCGGCUCCUGGGCAAGCUCCUACACCCACCGCAUCCAGCUCGCCCUCAAGCUUAAAAAUCUCACCUUUAACUACAUCGAAGAAGAUCUUGCCCAUAAAUCCCCUGCUCUUCUUCUCCACAACCCCAUUUACCAGAAAGUACCAGUCCUCCUCGCCGCCGGCCGCCCCAUCUGCGAAUCCCUCAUCAUCCUCCAUUUUCUCGACGACUUCUUCCCCUCCCCUGCUCCGCAACUCCUCCCCAACUCCCCCCACGACCGCGCAGCAGCCCGUUUCUGGGCCCAC